AUGCGGCAUACAAAGUUCAGUUGCUUCUUUUCCAGGUCAUUGUUGGGCUCUGCUCUGUUGACUUUGAUAAUCCUCUCUUUUUCUUCCUCGGCCUUUGGUUUUAACAAUGACAAUAACAACCGCUAUAACAGCGCCUCUCCAUACUGGAAACGUUCACCUCAAGAACCACAGGCACGUCGCCCCCAUUCCCCUUACACCGAGCCCAAUAUCCCUCCUUCCAGCGAUGAACAGUUUCAGAAUGAUAGUGGCGAUGCAAGUGGCACUGAUCCUGCUUCUCCUGCCGUUGGUUCUGCAUACAAACGUAGAAGUUUGUUCCCUCAUAUCAACUACGAUAUGAUUGUGGAACUCAAACAGCAAUUGACGAACCAGCAGCAACCAAGUUCUGAAAAAGAAGACCAUCAUGUAUCUCCCUCAGGUACGGUUGCGUCGAUUGGUGAGCCCGAAAUUAAUGAGAAGACCCCAUUGGAGGAAGAUUUAGAUUUUUGGGGCCAAGAUGAAGAACGAACCUUGGUUGAUGCACAUUAUCCAUCCAUCGAUUUGUUUGAUGCCGAGGACGAAGAGUUGUUUGAACUGGGUGAGGAUGGUAUCUUGCGUGCGGUUACCCGUGGUGAUGGUGAUGGUGAUGAGGUUGAGAAUGGGGAUGAAGAUGAGCGUCAUCGCCGUAACCGCAUCAAUAUCUCACUCACAGGCAGCAUCCACGAUGAGGAUGAAGAGCGUCAUGAUCAGGUUUGGAUGGUCGACGAGUGGGAAGAAGAGCUUGAAGGUGAUAUGGACGAGCUCAUGGACUGGGUUGAUGAUAAUGAAGACCUAAUCAACCAUCUACCAAAGCCCAAGAGCGAGAAGCCAUUGUCAGCUAUGGUCAUGGGCUCUCAACGCCCCCGUGACCGUGAAUCAUUGAUCAAUAGUGCUCUCAGGGAUGAAGACGAGGCCAGUCCUUUUCAGCGCCUCUUUUCUGAAUCCUGGCUUUUCUGA